AAUGCCAACUGUCUAGCAGAGAGUUCAACUAUCUCCAGAAAGGUCACGGACAAUUGAAAUAAACACAAAGUACCAUCACCAUGUCAUUUACCCAGGGAACAUGUGAGAGAAAUGGCGCUCUUACAAUGGUAAUGCCAGCAUUAACCAUCACAGGGAACACGGGGGAACAAAUCCGUGAACACAAGUUGGCAUGCUCUAUCAUCAACCUGCACGGUACUGAGGAUGCAGUCUUUGACGACGAAAAUCUCGACUUCCUCAAGGGGUUCACGCAAAACAGGUCAUUGGCAGAACGCAACAAUGUUCUCAGAGAGCAUGGCUGGCAUGACGAUACUGGGUCAGGAGCCAACAAGCAAGCGAUACUAAACGAUGGGAGUCUGUCAGGGCUCCUCAUUGCAAAGUAUGGUACAGAGGAGCCUGCAUUGGAUGAAAGGGACUGGGAAUUGCUGGACGAGUGGUUCGCCAAAGGUAUGCCAACGGGGGAGCAUGUUGAGCGGUAGAUACACCUUUUUGUUACGAAUGUCGGUUCUCUAUAGGGAUGAACCAUGUAUACAGGAGCUCGGUAUCAGGAAUUCAAUUCGAUCAUGAUCUCUAACAAGAA